AUGAGUGAUCCGCUCUCGAUUGCAGCGGGGAUCGCCGGGUUUCUUUCACUUGGGAUUCAAGUUACGCAAACCUUGGUCGAUUUUUAUUCAGCCUACAAAAGCCGAGACAACGAAGUUGCAAAAAUCACCCAAAAUAUCGAAAAUCUUCAGAGUGCAUUUCGAUCCUUGGAAAUUGAAGUCCAGCAACGCCAAAUCCGUGCCGACGCAGAUGAGUUACUCCAAGAAGUUGACAAAGCCACACAAAGAUGCCAGGAAAUACUCCAAGAGCUCCAGAUAGAGUGUCAGAAACUCUACAACGACUCUGUUCCUGGCUUCGAAGGCCGUGUCCGUGUUGCUGGACGUCGCGCCGCCUAUCCGUUCCGGAAAAGCACUAUGCAGAAGAUCGAUGAGGACAUCACUACGAUACGAGAAAACUUGUCGUUCGCACUUAGUGUCUUACAACUCAAAAGCCACAGUCGAAUCGAAGACGGAAUAUCGGAUGUCAAAGCUCUUCUUGAGCGGACAAACAUAAGUCAGAUCUCUGAUAUUAUUCGCGUUUGGUUGAUGGCCCCUGAUGCAUCUGUAAACCAUAACAAUAUAUAUGCAAAACAUCAUCCAAGCACUGGCCUUUGGUUGGUCAACAAUCAUCAAUUUACGCACUGGCUUAUAGAGCACAAUUCUUUUCUUUGGCUUAAUGGGUUCGCAGGAUGUGGCAAGUCCGUCCUUUGUUCAAUUGCAAUUCAACAUACAUUCCUAAAGAUGCAGGAUACAAACGCGGUAGGAGUCGCAUUCUUCUACUUCGCCUUUAACGAUGAGUCAAAGCAAAAUGAUCACGGCAUGUUACGCGCAUUACUGCUACAACUAUCUGUGCAGUUUCAAGACGGUGAAAAGGAACUAAAGCAACUCCACGCAUCAUAUAAUCCACGAACUCCUCCAUUAGAGGCGUUACUCGGCUUACUUCGAACCUUCCUUUGUCAAUUCCAGGAUAGUUACAUCUUUCUUGAUGCAUUAGACGAGAGUCCCCGACACUAUUAUAGGGAAGGUGUCUUAAGGGCGAUACAGGCGAUACGGGACUGGAGCUUGCCUAGUGUUCAUCUCUUAGUAACAAGUCGUGACCUGCUAGACAUUCGAAGAUCCCUAAUUCCGUAUAACAACCAAAGCAUUUCUGUGAGAUGCUCACCUAUCAACAAAGAUAUCUCUGCUUUUGUCUCUCAUCAGCUCGACAACGAUCUAGAGCUCCAGAGGUGGAAAGUCCGUCAUAGCGAGAUUGAAGCAAAACUUAUACAGGGUGCGCAGGGGGUAUUCCGCUAUGUGGAGUGUCAGCUCAACGCUUUUCGACGGGCGAAGAACGGGAAUCAGCUUGAUGAAUGUUUACGUUCUUUACCUCGCGAUCUAGACGAAACAUAUGAGCGAAUAUUAUGUAGUAUCGACGAAGCAUAUGUUGAAGAUGUUCGACGGAUCCUGACUGUGCUUUGCUUCUCUGCCCGACCACUGAAUGUGAGUGAGCUUAUCGACGCCCAUGCGGUUGAACUUGGUCAUUCAUCGCACCUUGAUCGUGAGGGUCGAUCCUAUGAGCUGAAUGGCAUUUUGGAAAUUUGUCUUGGACUUGUGGAGGUUUCGGAAGUCAAGUAUGGCUGUGAGCACCAAAAUUGCAUUGCUCGCAUAGCACAUUCUUCUGUGCAGGAAUACCUACAAUCGGAACGUAUGCUUCAACGAAAAGCAGCAAGAUUCAAAAUGCGCAAAGGACCUGCGAACGCGGAAAUUGCACAAAUUUGCCUUGUCUACCUUUUGGAACCCAUGCUUUCUACUGGCGAACUAAAUGAGAAGAAACUAAUGGAGUUCCCCUUUGCUCAUUUCGCUGCUAUGUACUGGUUCCACCACUACGAAAUCUCCGAGGACAGAAAGCCAGAUGUUCAAAAGCUUGUGGUAGAGUUGUUCAAGACCCAGAAAACCAUUUUCAGAACUUGGAUAAAGCUAUAUAACGUGGACCGCCCAACGGAAGGCGUCAAUUUCAAUUUGAAUCUUGACACAGACACUAUGGGAUCACGUUUAUAUUACGCCUCAUUGUUGGGACUUGACUGGAUCUUAUCCGAUCUGAUAUUCAAUGAAUCGGAAAGUCCAAAAGACAUACAAAGGAUUGUGAACACGAUCCAUUGGCAAUAUGGAUAUGGUAGUGCACUAGUGGCUGCGUCAUAUAGAGGGCACGAGAAGGUGGUGCAAAUUCUCUUGCAUCAGGGUGCCGAUGUCAAUGCUCUAGGUGGAGAGUCAUGCAGCAAUGCACUAGAGGCUGCAUCAUCUCGAGGCCAUGAAGAGGUGGUCCGGAUGCUCCUGGUUCAGGGCGCCGAUGUCAACGCCCAUGAUGGUUUCCAUACCACGGCAUUACAGUCUGCAGUACAUGGAGGAUACGAAAUAAUCAUGCAGAUGCUUCUGACUCGGGGCGCCGAUAUCAACCUUCAAGGAGGAGGAUCUGGCAGUGCACUACAGGCUGCAUCAUAUCACGGCUAUGAAGAUAUUGUGCAAAUGCUCCUGGCUCGGGGCGCCGAUAUCAACCUUCAAGGAGGAGGAAUUGGCAGUGCACUACAAGCUGCAUCAUAUGGCGGCCAUGAAGAUAUUGUGCAGAUGCUCCUUGCUCAGGGCGCCGACAUCAACCUUCAGGGAGGGAAGUUUGGCAGUGCGCUACAAGCUGCAUCAUCUCAAGGUCAUGAAAAGGCAGUGCAGCUCCUCUUAGAUGAGGGUGCCGAUCCCGAUGGCGAAGAUGUGCUACUUGGAAGCAUACUCCAAAAUGGACAAUAUGCUAGUCCAAUCUGCGGUGCAGCACAUGGAGGAUAUAAAACAAUUGUGCAGAUGCUUUUGGAACGGGGAGCCAAUGUGAAUACUCAGGGUGGGGCUCUUAAUAAUGCACUGCAGGCUGCAUCGGAUUAUGGCGAUCAAGAUAUUGUGCAGAUGCUCCUAGCUCGAGGCGCCAAAGUGGAUGUUCAAGGAGGAACCUAUGGAAAUGCACUACAGGCUGCAUCAUUUCGCGGACAUGAAGAGAUUAUGCAGAUUCUCAUAGACCAGGGCGCCGAUGUGAAUGCUCUAAGUGGAGGACUAUACAGCAAUGCACUACAGGCGGCAUCAUCUCAAGGUCAUGAAAAGGCAGUCCAGUUGCUUCUUACUCGAGGCACCAAUGUCAACAUUCAAGGAGGCAUCCUGGGCAAUGCAUUGCAAGCUGCGUCAUUUCACGGUAAUGAAAAGAUUGUGCAGAUUCUCUUAGAGCAUGGCGCCGACGUCAAUGCUCCAGGUGGGGGAAUAUAUAGUAGUGCCCUACAGGCUGCGUCGACUUUGGGUCAUGGGAAUGUGGUACAAAUACUGCUAGAUCGAGUUGCUAAUCUUGAUGCCAAGUUAGGUUUGAGCUAA